AUGAGCCACUGCGAAUUGAUUAUAAAAACUUCAUGGCACGCGCACGGAUUGCGAGUAUCCGCGAAGGGACUUGCUGCCGAUGACCUUGACGGUCCGUCGCUGCUCGAUUCAUUCAUGAUGGGACCUGAAGCUGUACGCAAAUACGCCGGUGUUGGACCUAUUCAUACAGACAAUCGCCCGAAAUUAGAAUUCUUCCGUGGGGCAGACUUGGUGGGAACGACAACGCAAAACGUUAAAGGGAUGGCAGAAUAUCGGGAGCGGGUGCUACCGUAUCUCACAAACUACGGCGCAACACUGGCAGAGAAGCGGGACAUUCGAGAGAGACUCGACACCUACUUCAGAGCCACGCAAAAAUUAAUCCGUGGACAGAUUGCUUAUGCGAGUGGGCAGUACCAGAACGCUGCAGCACUCAUGAGCGAUGCUGUAGUACUCAACCCCGUUGACGAAACAAUCCGCUAUAAUUUCGGGGUCGUUGCGGGUUUAAUUCGCGAGGGUGAGCAGGAAGAGCUCCAACAGAUUGAAAAGCAGGUCCAACAGACGAUGGCACAGAACCCUGAUGACACUCAGGGACACCUCCAUUUGGCGACGUUGUAUGAGAUGCAGGGUGAACUUGGAAAGGCGACGAGGGAACUGGAGGAAUUGCUCAGACGCGAUCCUAAAAGGUUCGAAGUUUAUCUGCUCUUGGGUCCCCUGUAUGAACGCCAAGAUCGUUACAAGGACGCACUUAGGACUUACGAACGGCUUGAGCAGCAGGAGACAACUAUGCAACUGCCCGCCCCUAUUUUUGCGGCAAUGGCGCAGCUACAUCUGCAAUUGGAAAAUGUGAAGGAAGCCGAAAGAUACGGAAAGAAGGGUAUCGCUGCAGAUGUCAAUUCGUGGCGUUCCCAUUAUAUCCUUGGAAACGUUUACGCUACCAUGAAUCAGCCACAGAAACAGAUAGAAUAUUACGGCAAUGCCCUGAGAGCACUUGAUGAAAUCGUCCGUGUUUCCGCAGAUUCGAGUGAUCUAUUGAGUGUCAGAGAACAGAUCCAAAAUGAACUUGAACAACUUAGAAAAUAA